GCCGGCCGCCAGCUACCUGCCGAGGGCAGGUAGCCCGCCGCGGCGCGGUGCAUGCCGGAGCGGGUAGUCCCUGAGGAGGGGAAGGGCGGUCCGGCAGCCCCUGGGGCAGAGCCGCCAGCGCGCGGGUUGAGGCGGGCGGCCAUGGACAAGCUCAAGCGGGUGUUGAGCGGUCGCGACGCGGAGGAUCCAAGCGGCCUGGAGCAGGUUAUCGAUGCGACUUCAUUAGGUUGGGGCAGCAGGGUGAAAGGCUUCAUUGCUUGUUUUGUGAUAGGAUGCCUCUGCUCGCUCUUGGGUAGUUGUCUGCUAUGGGUACCAAGGAAAGGGCUGGUGCUCUUUGCAGUGUUUUAUACGCUGGGGAAUAUUGCAUCUAUUGGGAGCACUCUCUUUCUUAUGGGACCAGUGAAGCAAUUAAAAAGGAUGUUUGAGCCUACACGUUUGAUUGCUACUACUGUUAUGCUAUUGUGUCUUGUACUAACACUGUGUUCUGCUUUCUGGUGGCGUAAGGAAGGACUUGCACUCCUUUUCUGCAUCUUACAGUUUUUUGCCUUGGCAUGGUACAGCAUUUCCUUCAUUCCAUUUGCAAGGGAUGCUGUGAAGAAAUGUGUCUCAGUCUGUCUGACCUAACAGGAACACUGGAUGCUUCACAAAAGUUUUAUGAAGUGUAGUAGAAUUAUGUUAAGAUCACUGUGUAUGUAUUUUCCUAUUUUUGUCUUAAACAUGUGCCUUUCAGCCUGGUGUUAGAAGCUCCUUGUGUUAAAUCCAGUGUAUGCAAUUGCUCGGUUUUUGUAAGGAUUGGUGUCUGUAGGGCAGGGUGCUCGUGAUCAAAUGAAGUUUGAUCUGGCAGAAGAACUGGGCAGACAUCCAGAAUUUGUUAUGAUAAUUCUUAUGUAAAAUCAUGUAUUUGUUUGGUUUUGCAAAAGUAACAAAGUGGUACAUGAAGGCUGUAAAAUGGACACCUUGACUCUGAUGGGACUAUGCCAGUCUACAGGAUUUCUAUUUCAAGAAAAAAAUGAGUCGCCAACUGAUUUCUUACUGGCAACUUGCUUUUUGUAAAUAGCCUUAUGUCACUUUAAUCUUUGCACUGUUUGCCUUGGAUAAUUGAGUAUUGGUAUUGUCUCUUCUUGCCUCUCUUGCAAAAUUUUAGGUUUUGAGACUUCUAAAAGAUUUCAUUCUAAAUGAAAAGACUGUUUUGGAGUAACUAUGAAAUGUUUGCAUCUUUAAUGAAGUAUUUAAUUUUCAGUUUAGACUGAUGGCGUUUCCUUAGAAUACCUGAAAGGGACAUCUUCGUCUGUAAAAACUUGUUCCCGUAGGAAAAGCACUUGCAAAAUAAGGUUAAUAGAAUUUUUCAGCUGCCAUGAACCUGAGUUCUUUGCCUUGCCUACAGCUAAUGGCGAUACAUACAAGGUAGGAAACUGAACUUUUUCACAUGAAGCAAGGUGCUUCUCUUUUCCCCCAGCUGUAGGACAGGAGCAGUGUGAAGCUGAGGGCAUGAUAGGUAAGCAAAGAGAGAAUUUAUGUAUGUCCCUUCUCAAAGGACAAACUGAUGAUAAGGUGGAAGUGGGCUGUUGUUUAAGCAGUCUGGGCCAGGGAGAAGAAUUUUUUCUUCUGAACUUGUAAAUAAGUUGAAAAUCCAACAUUUUUUUCUUUUUUUUUUGUAAGUUGGAUCAGUUUUGUUUCUUCUAAAGCUGUUGCACACACUAGUAAACUACUGCUUUGAGGAGAAAGUAUAAUUUUCUAUUGCCUGUCUUAGCAAAGAAAGCAUGUAACAAUCUAGCUGCCAGCUCCAAACAAAUGCUGAACAGUCAGUAUCCAAAUUCCAAGGCCACUCUACAUUCUCUUUAUCUUCUGAGCUUUGUAUAAUCAUUUACUCCCAAACCAGUGGUCAGUUGUUUAAUAUCUGAGCUCAGAUUCCCACUUCUGCUGUGUGAGAUACUGUUUAACUGCUUUUACCUUCCCUCUUACCAAACUGUCUUGCUGGAGUCAGUGUCUGUGAAGAUGAUUAUCCAGUGGACUUUAGUAUGAACUGGAUCCUCUCUUCCUCCAUCUACCAAGAGUUUAGUCAUUUAACAGUAUUGGGUUUGCAUGGCAAGUGUAUCCCUGACUUGUACCACAAAGAUUUUAAUGUAGGAAAAACCUAGACCUACUUGGCAAUAAAGUAUAAGCCCACAGUGAAGCCAAAUAAUUCUAUGGCUUCCAGAAAGUUACUAGAAACUGAGUUAAUUCAAAAUCUUAAACCUACGUGGCCUUCUGAUAAUUUAUAAAGCAUAGUAUCAUCCUGCUGUUAGGAGCCUCUAAAAAAAAAUACUCCCUUUUGAGGAUGGUAUGGAAGAGAAAUUUUAACAGGCUUUCUGUGGAUUCCAGCUGACUAGAGUUACUGUUACAAAGGCUUUUGAAUGGAAAAUGCCAUCUUGAAAAUAUGGCACUGAUGAUGAGAUGAAUCAGUUAUACAGGAGGAUUUUCAAGUGCUAUGUCCAGAUGCUUUUUUCCCCCUUAGGAUUUGGAAGUUAGUGUUGAAAUAACUAGGUUGACUAUUACUUUUCUUGGAAGGAAGAAUUAGUUAAAUGCCCAAGAGAGACUGGGAAUUAAAUAAUACUCAUAUUUCUUUUCCCUGACUGAUCUAAGACGAGUAUCUAAACUGGUGUGUAUCUUUUUUUAUCAGGGAGUAGGUUCAAAACCUAAUUUACAUCUGUCAAAGGACCCGUAUUAGUCUUUUACUGGGACUUUGAUAAUGUUUACAGAAUUCGUUUGUAUAAGGGCAAUUGAGAUGCAACCCUAAUGCCUUUUACAUUCCAAUAUUUGUAGUUUUAACAUCUCUGGGUGUUCCUGGAAAACGCUGCAGGUAUAGCAUGUGUUACUUCUCCUUCCCUUCUCCAGGAAAGUUAGGUUAACUUGGAUCAUCAUUCCAGGCUCAUCAGCAGUCAACAAUGGAAUUUGACUUGUGGGGUUCUUUUUUUGAGUCCUUCAGACUAGGAGAAGUAAAAGCCUUUUGCUUAUUCCUUGACUAGCUUGUGCAGGGUUGUGGUACCCUGACUCUCUAGCAGUACCUCUAGAAGAACACUAGAAUUGGGUAUGCUGAAUAUUAGUUUUUCAACUUGCAUACUAGCUAACUGGAACCUUUUAUUUGACUGUUGUGAGCACAACCACUUAGAAUUAGGAAAUUUAGGAACCUACCAGUAGAUAGUGGAUAAAUUUAAAUGGAUUUCUGCCCCCCCCCCCUUAAAGCUGUAGUUCCAGCUCCACAGCCUUUUAUUCAGUAUGAGAAAAGAACAAAUCUUCAUUUGACUGCAUAGCACAUGAGGAUACGCAAUCGUGCUUUUAAAGGAAGGGCACCCAAGGGGAGAUAGCAAAGACGUAAGGAUCAUCAGAGUGCCACUGGGGUUAUGUUGCCCUGACUGAUCUAAGACGAGUAUCUAAACUGGUGUGUAUCUUUUGUUAUCAGGGAGUAGGUUCAAAACCUAAUUUACAUCUGUCAAAGGACCUGUGUUAGUCUUUUACUGGGACUUUGAUAAUGUUUACAGAAUUCGUUUGUAUAAGGGCAAUUGAGAUGCAACCCUAAUGCCUAAUGUUUCUGUGAAGGUCAGACAGUAGGAGAGACUCAGCAUAUUCUUGCCAAUGUGUGAAACAUACUCAGGGUUUGUCACUUCAUCUACAAGCAGUUUUGAUUUAAAAUAACUCUUCUCUAUCAGAACAAAACUCUUUAGAUUCUUACUCACUUAGAAGUAAUUGUGUUUAGGCUGUUGCCAAGUUUAGCAGCAAAAGAUUUUUCCACUUUGUUAAAAUACUUCAUUUUAUAUGAUUUUACAUAAUCAGGUUGUAAACUAGUAUAUGAAUGUUCCCCCUCGACCAAUUUCCAUCUGAAUUAGAUUAUACUGUUACACCUUCCCCGCCCCCCCCCCCCCCCCCCCCGUCAUUAAAACUACUGUGUGUUAAGUUUUUAUAUCAUCAGCUUUGGUUAUCUGCUUGGCAGGAAGCAUGGUGGGCAUAUCUGAAGCCCUUUCUAGUUUUCUAUCUUAAUGUCUUUCAAGGCAGGAACAUUUGUUAUGUGUGCUCUACUGCAAAUAGAGAUGUUUGGUUUCUAAUCAUAAAGCUCCUUGCUUCCCAAGGUCCUUGCUCAGCUGCCUACAGCACUUAAAUCAAGGCUGACUUUCCUGAAGAAACUUGUAUGAUAUUGGAUGCCCGUCUCGGUAGGAUUUAGUGUUCUGCCAGAAAGUGCUCUUUGCCCAGCCUCACUCUUGUUUGUGCCUAUCCACUUUUUUACUUUUUGCAGUACAGAUAACAUCACCUUAACCAAGCAGCCUUAGCAUACAGUUCUAGCAUGAAAUGUGCAUAUCUGGGAUCAGCUGACUUUCCAGAUAUAGUAGAAAUGGGGAGGGUGGUAGUCAUCUGUUCCCGAAGUACUGAUAUUCCACACAUUAAAAUGUGUGUGGGGGGUUUCAUUACUUCAGAGUUUUGCUCUGUUUCAGGUGAUGAAGACUGUUGUGAAUACUGGUACUAUCUGAGAUUGUUCUACAGUGGUGGUAUGAACAAUUUAAUCUUGUUUAGUAUUUACAGUAAUGAGAUUGUUCAUGAGCUGUUACAAAAACCAAGGAAGAAAUUUCUGCACCAAGUUGAAAUUCUUUUAAGAAAUCAUGUUUUAAAACAAAGUGUGUUAGGCUUUAUGUGUGAAUACUUACUAUACACCUGGGGGAGGGCAGAGACUCUGCUAUGGGGUGGCUUCCAGCUAGGUGCAGGAUGGCAGGCUUGAAUCGAUCAUAACUUGUGAGUAGAUUGCAGCUGGCCUACAAUGCUUAUGUACAGUCUGAAACUCACGUUCCGGGAAGUGCCUUGUGGAGCGGUGUGGGCACUUGAAGCUCUUCUGCUGUGUCCUAUGAGACUGAAAGAGCCUCUGUUGAGUUUGAGAAUGGUUCUUGCUUAGUUUUGAUAAUCAUGAUAAUGAAAGUAAGAUCACUAUUGCUACUGUAGACUCUCAAAACUGAGGAGGAGGAUAACGCUUAAACACACAUUUGUCUUAAAUACUGAUGGUUACAACCAUAGCAAAUACUGACCAUAUAGGACAGAAAGCACAGAAAUGGUAUUUUUUCUUAAAACCACAUACCUCACUGUAAUGGGACAACACUAAAUUUUUUUUAACAGCUGUGGAAUUGUUUUGUAAAAUUAAAAACCAAACCCAGAAAUUCUCAACAAGGUUUUAUACUGUUACUGAUCCUGUUUGCUGUUGUGCUUUUCCUAUGUAUUUACACUGUUUGAAUUCUACUUUGAUAAACAUCUUUUUUUCCUAACUUACAACUUUCUCUGUAACUAAGUGAAAUCUUUACUUACAAGUACUGGUUUUUUUUCCUUCAAUAAAGUUGUCAUUGCAUUAAA